AUGGUGCUUACUUCUUCGCUUAAGGUGAUGGGUAUGGCGGGCCUCCUCGCCGCCGCCAACCUCGCGACCCCGGCUAACGCCUUCGACGGGCGCAAGGGUCUGCGGGGGCACCGCAGUCUGCAACAGGUUUGCAGCAACAGCAUGAACGGCAUCGAAGGCAUCAACGAGAACGGCGUCGUCUGUUGCACCGCUGAGUGCGGCCAGUGCGGUGGGGAGGGCUGCGGGUCCGUGCCGGGCUUGGACAACACCAACUGCUGCAUCAACGGCGUCCUGAACAACCAGGAACUUUGCUCCGUCGCCGGCGCCGCCCCUUGCGUGAUCGACAGCGGCGACGGUGUCACCGGCCCAACCCCGGUCGCCGCCACUACCCCGGCUCCCGUGGGAGUUGCUCCUACUCCCGAGCCUGUCGCGGAAACCCCCGAGCCCACCGUUGCUGGCGGCGGAGGCACAGUUGACGCGGGUGGCGCGACGCCGUCUCCCACCGCGGCCGACGGCGACCGCGAGAUCGAAAUCACGCCUGCUCCCAGCGCGGCCGCUGGUGGCGGCGGCGCUACCGGCGGUGACACUACCCCGGCUCCUGCCGCUGGUGGCGGCGGCACUACCGGCGGUGACACCACCCCGGCUCCCACUGAGGUCGGCGCUGGUGGCGGUGGUGCUACGGGCGGUGACACGACCCCGGCUCCCAGUGAGGUCGGCGCUGGUGGCGGUGGCGCCACCGGCGGCGACACUACCCCGGCCCCGACUGAAGCUGGCGCUGGUGGCGGCGGCGCUACCGGCGGCGAAACCACCCCGGCUCCCAGUGAGGUCGGCGCUGGUGGCGGUGGUGCUACCGGCGGCGACACUACCCCGGCCCCCACUGAAGCUGGCGCUGGUGGCGGUGGCGCUACCGGCGGCGAAACCACCCCGGCCCCCACUGAAGCUGGCGCUGGUGGUGGCGGCACUACCGGCGGCGAAACCACCCCGGCCCCCACUGAAGCUGGCGCUGGUGGCGGCGGCGCUACCGGCGGCGAAACCACCCCGGCUCCCAGUGAGGUCGGCGCUGGUGGCGGUGGUGCCACCGGCGGCGACACUACCCCGGCCCCCACUGAAGCUGGCGCUGGUGGCGGCGGCGCUACCGGCGGCGACACCACCCCGGCUCCCAGUGAGGUCGGCGCUGGUGGCGGUGGUGCUACCGGCGGCGACACUACCCCGGCCCCCACUGAAGCUGGCGCUGGUGGCGGCGGCGCUACCGGCGGCGACGCCACCCCGGCUCCCAGUGAGGUCGGCGCUGGUGGCGGUGGUGCUACCGGCGGCGACACUACCCCGGCCCCCACUGAAGCGGGCGGUACCCGCGAUGCCGGCGGCGACAUUACCCCCGCCCCUACUGAGGCAGGCGCCGGUGGCGGUGGCGCUACCGACGGUGACACCACCCCCGCCCCCACCGAAGCUGGCGGUGCCGCCGGUGGCGACGUUACCCCGGCUCCCACCGUGGCAGGCAGUGGCGCGGGUACCGUUGGCGGCGGUACCACCGCUCCGACUGUGACCGGCGGUGCCGACACUACCCCGGCUCCGGGAGACGUGAACGGGGACGGGCUGGUGAACUCGGCCGACACCGGCAUCGAGGGCGACACCAACGGCGACGGCAUCGUGGACGACGCGGACACCGGGCUUGUCGGUGACACCAACGGCGACGGCGUGGUCGACUCGUCGGACCCCAUUGUCGGUGACAUGAACGGAGAUGGGCUGGUUAACUCCGCCGACACCGGCAUCGUUGGCGACACCAACGGCGACGGAGUGGUGGAUGACUUGGACACCGGGAUGGUCGGUGACACCAACGGUGAUGGUGUUGUGGACGACUUGGACCUGGAGGACGUGAACAGGGACGGGUUCAUCAACUCCGCCGACACCGGCGUCGUCGGAGACACGAACGGCGACGGCGUGGUGGACGAAUUUGACACCGGGCUUGUCGGUGACACUAACGGCGACGGCGUGGUGGACUCCAUGGAUGGACUCGUCGGGGACUUGAACGGAGACGGCCUUGUGAACUCGGCCGAUACCAACAUCAUCGGCGACACCAACGGUGACGGAGUGGUGGACGACGAGGACACCGGGCUUGUCGGCGACACCAACGGCGAUGGCGUGGUUGACUCCCUUGACGACAUUGUCGGAGACGUCAACGGAGACGGGCGGGUCAACUCCGCCGACACCAACAUCAUUGGAGACACGAACGGGGACGGAGUGGUGGACGACGAGGACACCGGGCUUGUCGGUGACACCAACGGCGACGGUGUGGUGGACGACCAGGACGUGGAGGUUGGAGACGUUAACGGAGACGGUAUCAUCAACUCGGCCGACACUAACAUCGUUGGAGACACGAACGGUGACGGGGUUGUCGACGACGAGGACACCGGGCUUGUCGGCGACACCAACGGCGACGGUGUGGUGGACUCCCUGGACGAAAUUGUCGGGGACUUGAACGGAGACGGGCUUGUCAACUCCGCCGACACCGGCAUCGUUGGCGACACCAACGGUGACGGAGUUGUUGACGACCUCGACACCGGGCUUGUCGGUGACACCAACGGCGACGGUGUGGUUGACUCCCUGGACGAGAUCGUCGGAGACAUGAACGGCGACGGACUCGUCAACUCCGCCGACACCGGCAUCGUUGGAGACACCAACGGUGACGGAGUGGUGGACGAUCUGGACACCGGGCUUGUCGGUGACACUAACGGCGACGGUGCGGUGGACUCCCUGGACGAGAUCGUCGGAGACAUGAACGGCGACGGACUUGUCAACUCCGCCGACACCGGCAUCGUUGGCGACACCAACGGUGACGGUGUGGUGGACGAGGAGGACACCGGGCUUAUCGGUGACACCAACGGCGACGGUGUGGUGGACUCCCUGGACGAGCUCGUGGCAGACACCAACGGAGACGGACUGGUCAACUCCGCAGACACGAACAUCGUCGGAGACACCAACGGGGACGGAGUUGUGGACGACGAGGACACCGGGCUUGUCGGUGACACCAACGGCGACGGUGUGGUUGACUCCCUGGACGAGAUUGUCGGAGACAUGAACGGAGACGGAUUGGUCAACUCCGCAGACACGAACAUCGUCGGAGACACCAACGGCGACGGAGUUGUGGACGACGAGGACACCGGGCUUGUGGGUGACACUAACGGUGAUGGUGUGGUGGACUCCCUGGACGAGAUGGUCGGAGACAUCAACGGAGACGGACUGGUAAACUCCGCAGACACGAAUAUUGUUGGAGACACCAACGGCGACGGAGUUGUGGACGACGAGGACACCGGGCUUGUCGGUGACACCAACGGCGACGGUGUGGUGGACUCCCUGGACGAGAUGGUCGGGGACAUGAACGGAGACGGGCUUGUCAACUCCGCCGACACCGGCAUCGUUGGCGACACCAACGGCGACGGAGUGGUGGACGACGAGGACACCGGGCUUGUCGGUGACACCAACGGUGACGGGGUUGUGGACGACUUGGACCUGCAAGACGUUAACGGGGACGGGUUCAUCAACUCCGCCGACACCGGCAUCGUCGGAGACACGAACGGCGACGGAGUUGUGGACGACCUGGACACAGGGCUUGUCGGUGACACCAACGGCGACGGCGUGGUGGAUUCCACGGACGAGGUCGUCGGAGCUACCCCUGCCCCGAGCGCCAGCAUCGACGGCUCUCGCGGCAUCGACGGCGGUCGCACCCUCUCCCCCGCUGCAGAGUUUGGCGACACUCUCUCCCCCACCUCCGCCCCGACCACCGCCGCGGAGGCUCUGGACAGCUCGGCCGCCCCGACGUCAGCGGUGGACGCGAGCGAGGAGUGCCCCGAGGGGAUGGUGCCGAACGAGAGCACCUCGACUAACCUGCGGUGUGUUAGCGGCGCGGCGGGUUUGUUCUCCGGCGGCCGCGCGUACUCCGGCGUGGUGUACGCGGGCGUUCUGGGCCUCGCACUCGCCGCCGGCGGCGCGCUUGUUCUGUGAUAAGGACAGGGAUGUUGUGCGACCGGAACAAGAUGUUCUUUAUCGGAAUGAACAAGAAGUUCUUUAUCGGAAUGAACAAGAUGUUCUUUAUUGGAAUGAACAAGAUGUUCGGCAAGGAACAAGAUGUCCCGUAUUCGGAACACUUGCAAGAUGUUCUGUAAUUGGCACAAAACGAGACGUAACAAUAACAGGACAGGCAUCGGUGUGGCGACUGGCUACAGCAGGGCUUGAUUUUUCAGAGGAACAUGAACGCUUCGUUACAAAUUGAACUAACAUGACUAAUUUCGUACGGGUUUGGCUUAAACGCUUAAACUAACAUGACUAAUUUCGUAAGGCUUUGGCUUGGGAAUCAACAGUGCAAUGACGGAGGGGGCAGCAAUACUGCUUUUAUCGUGUGUUGGUUUUCCGUCGGUUGGGUGGGGGGGGCUGCUUUCUCGCGGUCUAUUUUCUGUUAUUGAUGCUGUUCAGUGUAGAAAUGUUAACUGGUGGGCGGCAGCGGGCGGUGGUAAUGCGGAGGGAGGCUCGGCUGGACUGUGUCAUUAGGAGGGGAUGUGUCUUGCACGUGGAAGGAUUGAUGUGUAGAUCACCGCGAAAACCUGUCCGUACAUGUUCUACAGUACUCCCCCCCCCUCUGGACCCCUGGCGAGCCCCUUGAGCGUUGGACAAUACCUUGAGUUUCUUCCUCGCUCGGCGACAGGUUAGAUUUGUAAUUUUUCUCUUGAGAACGAAAAUUACCUCGGAUUUAUUUUUUUCGGUUUACGACUUUGGCAGAGGUGCUGUACUUCAUUGACUGCGGCUCUUUUCGGUUUGACGGGCAAUCUGAUUAGCGUGUGCUGUUUGUGUCUAGUACGCAUCUCGUGUGUUUAAAUUUUUUUGAUUUUAGAAGAUGACGGCUCCAAACCGUCUCGGCUUGCGGCCAGGCUAUCCUUUUUUGACGUGUCCUUUUUCGACAUGCCUGGGAAGUUGCAAAAUACAGUUGUAAAGGGGUUGGGGGGGGGAUCGUGCCAGGUGCGUGGUUGGUUGCUUUUCGCCGUCGGACGGCACCACCGCGAAGGAAAGCACGGGGCCGAGAUGUGGGUACCGCCGCUUUUCAUGGAACGGUCCGCGUUCUGCGGAACGGUUCGCGUUCUGCGGGGGAACUUUCCAAGCGCCGAACAUGGCGGCGCUCAAACAUUUGCCAGAUGUUUUCGGGGGCAAGCCGCGAGGUGGCCGUUUAUCCCCUUUUUAAACAGCAGCGAUAGCGUUGUUGUGUGGCAUGUUUAGAUUGGUUUCAAUGAACUGAGCUAUGGUUCGGUUUUUCCUUAAUUGUCCCAUAUGAUGUCGUGUCGCCAUUUUUUUCUUGGUAUUGUAGUGCCUCAGCGGUAGCAGCAGAUUUGUAGCUACAGCAGUCAGUGGCGGUGAGGAGAGGUGGGUGCGCGCAGCAGUUUUAAGAGCACGGGAGCGCUCGUUGAAAAGAAGAAGCCCCGUGUAUGUUAAGGGGUUGUGUCGUCUGUCUGCGGAAAGAUCGCCGUGCCUCCCUGCACUCACUCACUCACCUUUUUUCUAUAUUUCGGACGUUCCUUGUGUAGUUCUGCGUGCGCAUUCGGAAAUAAUGCAGAACGUUCAUCCACCCUUUCGUGUCGAUCGCAACGAUUCAUCUCACCACAACAAGCUUUGAAGUUGUUUGGAACACUUGUUCUGGGCGGUUAGGAGCGUGAAGACUGGCGUCCAGAAUGAAAAGAACGACACAUUCAAACGCGAGCCUUU